AUCGUCACUGAAAAGAGCAUUUUUUUAACUCAAGCUGGUCGCGACGGAAGGACACGGCAAAAACAAGUAUUGGUCUUCCCAAGACCGGAUCGGAAAUCUGGCCGUGCCUCACAGUCGAAGGGCAUGUUUACCACUUUCAUCGGCUUAAUUGAUAUUCAAUCAUGGUGGGAGGUGCCCUGCAUUGCGCACUUUUGUUCGCUGUUUAGUACCACCUUCCAGCUGCCUAGGUUUGACAUUGAGGAUCUUGAAGAGGCCCUUCUCACAGAUGCCGAUGCCGAGGGUGAAGUAGAUCUGAAAGUAUAUACCGCGCGUCUGCUGCCGGAACUGAUCGUUGCACUGUUGAAGGGCUGUGACUCGCUUGCACAGAUAGGUGCACACAUCAGCCCAAGUAACUAUCAGAUGUUCCUGAGACGUCUGUUCCGUCAAAAAUGUCAGGAAUAUAAUGUGGAUAAUCCCUUCAAUACCGAUACGGACUUUGAAAAGUUGCCGUUACGAACCAAGAUCCUGAUAUUGAAGUAUCUAUGCGAUUUUCGCCUAGAUUCCGAGGACGUCAAUACUACAUUUGCAAACUACGAAGCAGAUAGUUUGCGGCUGGAACCGAUAGGGUACGAUCGUAAAGGAUCUUCGUACUGGCACUUUUUUGGCACACGUUUGUAUCGAGAAGAUUACGUGAAAGGUGGUAAAUCAAAAUCGGCGAAAUCUUCUGUCUGGCAGGUGAUUUGCUUCACCGAAGAAGAUUGGCGAAAUUUAGCGAACAAGCUCGACAAAUCCAACAACGCUAAGGAGCGCAACCUGCACGAUCUGUUGGUGGAAAAUUUUCUGCCUCACAUUCCGAAUUUAUUUCAUGAUAAGGAAAGAGAGCGUCGAAAUAGGCUUUUAGAGCGGCCCAGAUCGACUCGGAUAAAACUGUUGCAGGAAGGUAAAAUUUUGCGCCUGCAGGAGCAACAGCAACAACAAAAAGAGCAAGAAAGAAUAAUUUUGCGCGUGCAGGAGCAACAGCAACGUCAAAAAGAGCAGGAAGAGGAAGAGAUUAACCGGCAAAUACUUGCGGAAGAGGUGCAACGAAAGGCACUUGAAGCACGUGCGAAACGAGCCAAACGACGAUCUCGAUCCAAUUCCGUCACAAGUAUAGUUUCGCCAUACGAUAGCUCCCCAGACGAGGCAUCCCUUCUCACGCGUGAUUUUAUUUUUCAGCCAAAAGAAAACGCAUUCCGUAACAAAGCAAAUAGCCCAUACCUUUAUCGCAGCGUCACUAAUUUGAGAGGUUCUACUUCUCCAUCAGUAGAUUCGCUGGUCUAUUGCGGUAACGACGAACCUAAAGCUACUACCAGCCCAAUACGCAGCGUGUCGGUUGCGUCAUCAACACGAUCAAGCUCGGUUUGUUCCCGUGAUCGAUGUAACUUUGGUUGCAACAGUAGCUACGGUCGAUCGGAGGACAGUGAAAGCCAGUACGAUACCAAACCUGCGAUCUACAACGAUUCGUACUACAUUGUUAGCAGGCGAGAGGACAGCGAAAGUGUCCACAGUUUCAGCGAUAUCGAGGCGGAGAACAACAUCAACAGUGGCAACACAGAUACGAACAACAAACAGCAACUGGUGGAAUCGUUGGAAUCUUCCUCCAUCAUCAUCAAACCAUUGUGUCAGCAGCAAACGAAAGCGGAACGGAAAGAUCGUCCCGUCCGAUCGGUCAGUGCUGAAGUGGAAAAGUUACUGCGCUCCAAUCACAACAUGGCACCGACAGCAACCAAACUACCUGGUCGACAAACGAACAAUUCAUUAUCAUCCGUUACCGGGCCGGUCAUAUUGCCAUUCGGCGAUGCAUCGGCUAAAAGCACAGCAAGUAACAGCGGUAAGGGAAAUGAUACUGCGACGCCAGGUACAAACCAGGGCCGGAAAAAGAAGGGCAAGACUACGACCGUUAUAACAACCGCCGCUACCUACGAAAACACUAGUUUCACCAAAACUGGCUGUUCCGCUUCCUCAAUUUUCGUAUCCUCAUCUCUUAGCUUCACCGAAACCGAUGAGGUUCUUCAGAUUGGGAUGCACAAGGUGCUAGAAAGCAUCAAGAAUCACGACGAUGCCUGGCCAUUCAUGGAUCCGGUCGAUGAGGACAUUGCACCGAAGUAUUACUCGAUCAUACGAAGGCCGAUGGAUUUGCAAAAGAUGGAAGAAAAGCUGGACAAUGGAGAAUACAUGAUGUUCAGCGAUUUCCAAAACGAUUUCAAAUUGAUCGUCAACAAUUGUCGGUUGUACAAUGGGCAAGCGAAUGAAUACACGGAAAUGGUGAACAACUUGCAGAUUGCAUUUGAACGUGCCAGAAAGAAAUAUUUCGACGAAAACUCAUCGGACGAAGAACUCAUGAACCACGAGUAUCCAGAUGUUAGCCGAGCGAAUGCCGCGUUUAAAGAAAAGUUUUCCUCAAAGGAAAGUAGCAAACCAAUCUCCUCCGACACGGUGAAUGGAAAGAGUGAACGGCAGCAGCACAGCAAACCUUCGAAGGAAACGGGCAAAGCACCAGACCACGGAAAGGAAAAGUCAAAGAAAAGCGCUAAUAGUUCCGGCGGCAAUGGCAAUAAUAGUUUAAGUGCAAAGUCCAACACCAGCACCAAUGCAAACUCCAAAGAUAGUGUUGAUGCCUCAUUCCGGGGGAAUGACAAACCGUGCAAAGAAUCUAAAACAAAAACAGUGAAAAGUGGUACGGCGGCUGUAGCGGAAAAGAAGGGUGGAAAAAAUGUGUCAGGGUGCAAGAAACAUCCGACAACGGUCGGGGCUGCUGGGUCGAAGAAACAUAAAACAAACAAACAACAAGAAGUGGAGUCGGAACCGGAACCAGAUCCGGAACCGCCGGAAAAGGAUAAAAGCGCAUCGCGAGUGAACAAAAGUGUGAAACGCAAGCGAAAAGAAAAAGAGAAAACUGAUAAAGUAAAAAGCAAGAAACAAAAAACAGAAGAAGGUGAUUACAGUGAUAUGGACGUGCCGGAGGAUGAGGAAAAUAUGGACGAUAAAAGUGAAAACGAGCGGGAGUGUAGUGAGCCGGAACGGAAACGUCACAGGAAGGAUCAUGGGAUGGAACAUACGGAACCGGUGAGAAAUUUGCAGGGCGAUGCUGAUACCCUCGCGAAGGGGGACAGUAAAGUGGUGGAAGAUGUGAAAGAAGAAGAGGACUUUCCAGUGUAUGAGAGUAAGAAGAAGGCCGCGAUCAAGGCAUUGCAGGAGAAGGAAAAAAAGAAAAACAGUGCUAAAGUGAAGAAGGAAGAAAAGAAAAUCAACAAAACGCCGAAAGGGGCUAAAGGCAAGGAUGUGAAACGGGAAACGUUUUCCCCGUUACGGGUGCGAUCGAUGUCGCGGUCACCCAGCCCAUCUUCAGUGUUUUCAUCGCCCAAGAAACAGUCACCCGUUCGGUCACUGAGUCCAAAGAAAAGGGAAAGCGCACGUGAUCUAUCUUCCGAUGCAGGGGAUCAUCAUUCGGUGCAAGAUAAAAAUGGGUCCAAAAAGGGGAAGGAUAAAACCGGCACCGAAAGCAAUGACGGUCAUCAAAAACAACACAAGAAAGGAGGAAGCACUAUGAAGGCAGGAUCUGGCAUAGCGGUGGCCAAGUUAGAGAAGAAGACAAAAAAGUUGGGCACUCUUCCAUCGGCGAAGGGGAAAGGGCGUCAAAAGAAGGCGGGAAGUGGUAAACAGAAAACAGUAACAGACCUGGUGGAAGAGUCAGAGUACGAAGAAGUUGCGGAUGAUCGGCGAGAUUCGCCACAAAUUCACACCAAUGGCGAACGCAUCGAUGCGACAGACAUGAGUGACUUUGAAGACAUUGAAGACAUAAGCGUGAAGGUACGUGAUACCAGGGUCGACGAACCGGCAACAAACAAACCAUCGGAUAAAACAAAAAGUAAGAAAAACAAAACGAGCAAGAAAAAUGUCGGAAAAUCAAGUGCUACUGAACAUCACCGUGGUAAAAAGAGUGGCAGUAAAAGCAAGGUAAAGGGAAAGGAUAAAAAGGUGGACAAAAAGUCCCACAAGCGCGAUAAAAUCGGCAAGGGAAAGAAAAAGUCUAAAGCUUCCAACAACGAUCGUGCGGUUGGAGAAGAUCGGGAAACAAUGUCGAGUAUUGGCGAGGACGAAGACGGGGUGGCUUAUGAUCAGGAUGUGGAAGAGUUCGCGAAUGUAGAAAAAAGUGCCUCUAAAUCCGUAAAGCAGUCGAAAGAUUUGCGUUACACAGCACAGCGAUCGAUGUCACGGUCCCCAAGCCCAGCCAGAUCAUAUUACUCUGACGAUCGCUCGAUCCAGGAUAGCGAUGAAGAGAAUGACGAUGCUCACAAUGAACGAGGUUCAUCGCCGCACAAGCAAACCGAUGAUUCGUUUUCAGCCAACCGGUCGAUCACACCUGACAUAAAGGAUAAGUUUGAUCUCAUCAAGGAACGCCGUAACAGGGCAGCGGCGGCAGCUGCAGCAGCAGCAGAAAGUAAGGCGAAAGCCAAACAGGCCAAAGCUAAAGGAAAAGAUGCCGCGACUACGGCAGCCCUGGGGAAGAAAGGUAAAUCGUCCAAGGGUAGCGGCAACCGGGGUCAAAAGCAACAACGUGACCUAGUAGAAGAAAAUUCCGUUCUCAGUGCAAGUGCCUCUUCGUCCAGCGGUAACCGACACCAGCAAGAUGAAGAUGAAAAAACUUCCAGUGAGAGCAAAUCAACAAAAGCUGUUGGCGGUGGUGGUGGUGCCACAUCGAAAGGGAAGAAAAAUCGAGAUAAAGCAAUGAAUAACAGUAGCGAGUCGGCUACUGUUUGGGCCAAACCGAGUGACAAGAAACAUGCGCGCCCGAGUUCAUCAGCUGACAACGCGAAAUUAGUCGACCGAAGUAACGAGUACGAUUUUGUGGACGAUAGCUUAACGGCCGACUCUAAGGUGAAUAAGAAUCAUGCCAAAUCAACCCCUGCUAGCGGUAGUGCAUCCAAAACGGGGAAAAAAUCGACGGCUGCUGUGGGAUCUACUGGACAAACGGGUACGGCCUCUCAGAAGCAUCCAAAAUCGAAUGCAAAAGCUGCUAUGCCAUCGUCUUCUGGCAAACACUCGAAAACGGCUGCAAGUUCGGGUGUAAGUGGUGGUGCAGGUGCUACUGGCGCAAACAUGGAGGAGUUGGAGCUAGAGACAGAACAAACACUGAAAGACAUAAACAAGUGGCUAGAAAAUACGCCACGUUUUCCCGAGUACAGUUCGGCUAGCAACUCUCCAUCGCGGUACAUCAUGGACGAUUUCGACACGGUACCGGUGAAAAUCGAACCGGCCGAUUUCCGCAAACCGAUUCCACUUUCCCAAUUGCCCGCGGCAAACGAUGCUUCUGCCGGUCCGUUACGAGGGGCCAGUCCAGGACUGGCGACGCCAGCAGCUCCCCCGAAGGCAUUUUCACCUCGAGCAGCCGCCAAUGCAAAGGAUUCACAAUCCACCUCAUCGACUGCUGGAAAACAAUCGGGUACGAAAUUGCCAUCACAGCCGAAAGAUGGCACUAGCAAAAGUGAAUCGGGAACGGUUGGGUCUGAGUCCAUCACCGUUGCUACCGCGUUGAAAGACUCUACCAACAGUAACAACGGUGGAUCGAGCGGUGGAGUUGGUUCUUCGACGGUUGCCAGCAAAGCUGCAGGCUCUACAAGUCACACUAUUUUGGGUCCACCGCCGAUCAUACCACCGCACUCACAGAAAAAGGAACCCAAAGAACCUAAGCGAAAAUCUUUAAAGGAAAAGCUAUCCCUUGGGCUGGGAGUGGGUGGACGCAAACGUGAGAUGCAUCACCAUCGUACGACAAUAGAUCGAUUACAGCCGGGCAAAACCAAGGGUAACCUCAUAGGGACGAUUCAGAAUCUCAACAAACCGGAUGAAUUGUUCCCGCUCGGUGGUAGUAGUGGAGCUGGUGGUAGCACUGGUGCUGGCAGUAAUCAACUCAGCAAAGUAAAGGAAGUGAAGAACUCGUUGAUCGUUAAGACGGACGAAUCGAAACCGAAACUAAGCCUCGGUACGGUGUUGAACACGGAAGGAUUUGGCCUCGUGCAACAGCACAACUUUGCCGAUGACGAUGAUGAUCCGGAACGACGCUCGUUGGGAUCUAAAGAAGACGGAGGCGAUGAGGAUGAACCGAUCGGUAGCGGAGCAGCAAAGCCGUUGAUGAGUUCGCUGAAGACUGUUACACUGGUCAAUGUCGGAGGAGGUUCGCCAUCGGGUGGCAGAGAAGGAGGGUCAGGCUCAAAGAAGGAUGAACCUUCCAACUCAACGGUAGCAGCUGAAAAACCAGAAGCUAGCAACGAUCUCGUUACUGCAGAGGCAAAAAGCUCGACGUCUUCUGCAGCUGUGGAGAAAUCGUUUUCCACAGAGGAUGCAAAAUCGGGAAAAGAGGAAGCAAAUGUAAAGGAUCCGCAAAAUAACAAAAACAAGGAUAAGCCAUCUGCAACGCCUAACCUUAACGCUUGGAUUAAGGCAUUUGGUGCUCCCAAAAAACCGAAAAAGUCCGAUGACAUGGAAGAAGGUCCGAGUAAGGGUUCGCCUGUAAGCGAUAAAAGCAAGAUUAACGAGAAUACUUCCACGCAAUCAUCCUCCAACGAAUCCUCGUCCGGCAUUGGCAGUCUUCCCACUGUACCCGGUAGUCUCGAAAGCCCCAGCUACCCAACACUUCCGACUGUGCCUCGGCAAAGAAAAGCGAGCACCGGUAGCACUGUGAGUGAACGGUCGUCAUACAGCCAAGAUCCGGACAGUCCGCGUAUUGGCAUCGAUGAGCGGCUCGGGACGUAUCCCGCUCCGUAUCCAAGCCCGAUCGGUGCAUCACCGAUCAUGACGUCACCAAAGUUGGACGAAUCGCAGAAGAGUCCCUAUCAUCCACUAAACGGCGCGAUCAAGGUUGGUUUCUAUCAGGACACCACCCAGAAGAGCAGCCCAGAGAAGAGUUGCAGUCCGCGCGAUCUUCCAUCGCCGUAUCCUCAGUACUCGCAGCACCUUUACACAUCCAACACAGCGAACGCAGCUGGUAAUACGACUGGUACAAACAAUAGCAUUGGUGGUAACACCGCGGUAUACGGCAACUACUCAUCAUAUGGUGGUACAGCGUCCGCCAUCGGUUCCACGGGUUCAAACGUUAACCAAAAUAAUCCGACCACCGGCAGUGUGACGGAUAGUUUUAAAGGUUACGGAAAGGAGCUUAAAUCGCCGGUCGAUUUCUACGAACAGUACAAACAGCCGGCUUCGCAGGAAUCGGACUACAACUCUUCUAUGAGCCCCAGUACAAAUCCUAACUCUCCAUAUCACAACCCGGCGUCGUCACCCUACCAGCAGCAACCGAACUCUCCUUCUUGCUAUCAACAGCAAACGGCGGCUUCUUCCUCCCCGUACGGGCACCAGCCUCCAUCGCUUGCUUCACCCGCCUCUUCGGGCGGUCCACUAUCACCAUACAAUGCGCCAGCCGUACCGCACAGUCCGGCUACAAGUCAAACUACGCCCGGAAGUGUCAGUGGUCACUCGCCGUAUAAUCCCAACCAGGGACAGUCGCCUUAUCACAGCAAUCAGGCUCCUUCAGCCUCAACGUCACCAUCCGCCGGGACCACGGUGGGGUCUGCCGGUCAACCUAAGCUGCAGUCCAAACCAAAUACACCGUUACACCAAAGCCCCAACUCACCGUUUUCACAAUCAAACCAAAGUUCGCCCUAUUCUCAACAAGAUCCCAACUCACCCUAUUCUUCCCAAGGUGGCCAACUGUCGCCUUUUCAACCGAUGUCCCCUAAACCGCAGCAGGCUUCGUCUGCUGUAAGCACCGGCAACAAUAACAGCAACAGUACUAACAGUAAUCCAAUCAAGCUGGCACCACCGAUUAUAACACCCCAGCAAGCAGCAGCAGCGGCUGGUGUGAUUCUUCCGCCCGAGUCUCCUGUCCACUCCCAAGCACAAGCGACACCGCCGGCUGGAGUGAGCCAGGCACAAAACCUGACCGGAGGAAAUGGCACCGGCAACGGUGCUAAUAAUCAACCAUCCAGUACAGCAGGAGCAACAAUCCCAUCAGCACCAAUGCAACUGAAUUCACACCAGUCGCCCUGGAGUGCCCAUCACAAUCAGUACAAUCCGUACUUGAACCAUCCGGGUGAUACGGCUGGCGGAGCUGGAAGCAUGACCUCUUCGUUGCCACCAGCUCCGGCACACAUGCCACCGUCGCAGCAGGGGCACCUAAGCAAUGUGCACACGCAUCCAUCGCCGGCCCACACACAACACCAGCAACAUCAACAGCAACACCAGCAGCAACAUCAACUGCAGCAUCAGCAGCAACUCCAGCAAGAUCAUCAUCAACAGCAUCAACAAAAUCAUCAGCAGGCCCACGGGCAUCAUCUUGCAACGGCACAGCAACAACAGCAAAGUCAUCUCGGUAACCUGUUGAUGGGAUCCAACAAUAAUCCAUACACUUCCACUUACGGGCGAUCACCAUACGAUCUUAAUUCGGCGUCAGCUUCGACGACUGCGGCAGCAGCAGGAUCGGGAACAACAACGGCGUCCACUAUCGAUCACCAUCAUGCUGCGCAACAUCAUUCACAGCACCUGCACCAUCAGCAACAGCAACAUACCGCUCAUCAGCAUCAUCAACAACAGCAGCAUCCUAGUUUAAGCGGGCUCAGCAACAAGAACAGCCCUAGCGCGGCCUCUAUCACCAACUCUUCGAAAGUACCUGAAAUGAUAAAUCUAGGCUAUAGCGAACCAGAAACCAAUAGCACCAAAACAUCGCAGGACGUUCCGAUGAACAUGGAAUCCUCGGGAAGUAUGGCCGGCGGCGGUCUUGGUAAGGAGAAAAGUGACGGUACUAAAGACAACAAACACUUGCAACAGCAGCAGCAGCAACACCAAAUAUACGAUCACCACAUGGGUGGCAUGGGUUACGGGAACCCGAUGGAUAUAUCCAUCAGCAAGUCGAAAGCGUUCGAUAUGUUUAAUCGUGCUGCGACGAUGGCUUUUCCGCGUGGGUUUGGCGCUCCGGGCGUGCAUCAGGCAACGCCCAUCGGCAACUCGAGCAGUACGGCCAACAACGCCGCUAGCGGUUAUGAUCAUCGUUCCAUGCAGCAAGCGACCAACAUGAAUAAGGCACACGAUAUGAGCGGUGGUGGAACAGCGUCAAGCGGGUCCUCCACGACGACACCCGGCUACAAUAUGCAACAACAAUCCGCCGGUGGAAAGUCGGCCUCAGGGAAUCAACACGCCGCGGGUGAACAACCACAUCUCCCGCGGUACGAUCAGCGCAGUCCGCAACAUUUGCAGCAGCAGCAGCAGCACCAACAACAACAGCAUGGUGGUGGUCCUUCCGUUGCUGGUUCUACAUCGCAGGCAAGCAACACGGCGGAUCUCAGCAGCAGCACCGGCGGAGGUUACAAACCGUACGGUACAUCGACAAGUUCGGCCACCCCUGCAUCGCUGAUGGAUCCAGCAAUACGCAAUCUCAGCUCCCUAACGUCGCUGUACAAUCCGGACGAUCGUCUACACGGUGGUCCAGGUGGAAGCGGCACCACUUCUGGGGGCUCCGGUGCUGGAUUCUACGACAAAGGUAUACCACCGGCUGCGCACAUGUUUAGCAAAAACCUGCCCCAACCACCUCCAGUGUCAUCGUCGGCCGCCACAACGGCGUUGCAACAGAUGUUCAACAACACCAUGGCGGCCACUUCGAUGGCCGCUUACAAUGCUAACCGCGAGCAGCCGAAUGCUGCGUCCUACGUGCCAUCACCGAACUAUCAUCACCCGCAGCAACAUCAACAGCGCAACGAUUUGAUGAGUGCGGGCAGCAUUCAGUCGCAAAAACUAUCCCACAAUGCCAAUGUGCCACCGACGACGGGCAGUGGUGCUUCCGUCAGUGAACCAGCGCCGGCACCGGUGAAACCAAAGCGAACGAGAAAAAAGAAAGACCAAAAUCAGGAACUGCUGGCUCAACAGCAGCAGCAGCAGCAGCAGCAGCAACAACAGCAGCAGCAAUCACUACAUCAACAUGCAAUGCAUGCCGCACACCAGCAACAAGCGCUCAGUGCUCAUCAAGGUUUCCCACCCUACCCUGGACUGAAACCGCCGAACCCUUCCGCAUCGGGCGGUGGUGGUCCGACUGGAAUGGGUUCGUCGUCUGCCGCUCCCGGUGUAGUUGGAAAUCCGGCGAGCAGUGGCGCAGAAACGUCCGCAAUAUCUUUGAAAACGGCCAACAUAGUGCCCGGCAGUGCGUUUAACUUUGGUCCCGGUCCAACCGGACUCGGUUUACCCCCGGGCAGCCUGUACGGGGAUACGUCUGCUAGCACGUACCUGGAAGAUUCGUAUCGUAACCCCCAGAACCCAUACUACCUACCGCCGACCCAUCGUGGAACAGCAGCGGGUUCUGGUGGCCCCGGUACGGAAGCGGAUAAGUUGGGCAAUCCAAUCGGUGCUCAGCCGACGGCCCCGGGUUCAGUGGCAGCAGCCGCCGCCGUUGCAGCUGCCUCCGCUGCGGCUGUGCAUGGUCCACCGCCACCGACCGCUGCGUCCCCGUACCAUCAGUUCUUGGCUUCGCAUCAUGGCACGCGUCCGUAUCAGUUCAUGAACCAGUUUGAUCCACUCCAUCAACAGUACCUGCGACAGGAAGAGCUUCGGGCUCAGAUGAUGAUCAACCAGGGGCUUCUGGCGGCACCACCCGGUGGAGCUCCCGUUGCGUACGGGCAGCCGGGCUAUCAUCAUCCCGCGAUCGGCAUGCACAAGCCUUACGACGCGAUGAACAGCAUGAACCGAUCGCCAUUCCUAUAACAUCCACAACCACCGAUCGGUGCGAACUUAUCGGAAGGACAGCAGUAGGCACAUGAGGUGAGAAGAUGUUUGUGGAAUGCAAGUUACAUCUCCCCCAGAACGUACAUCACAAAACGUUUAUCUCAGUUAACGUUUUCCUUUGUUCUAAGAACGACAUGAACAGGAAUUGUUGGUGAAUGUGUAGAGUUGGGCGCGCCAAAACAACCGGUUUUCAAGGCUCUUGAUUCUCAAAUUAACCUCUUACGUUGCUAUAAUAAGUUGAACAGUAAUAUGAAACCAAGAUAAACCUUUCUUCAUAUUUCAAGGAAAAGGUGCUACUAACUAUACUCAAUGUUUCAACGGAGACGUAUUACGUAGCUGCUACUGUACCGUGCACUAGCUGCAGUGACAAAUAGUAUAGUAUUUAGAAGAGAUUUUUUUUAUAGUUUGACCAUACUAAUGUACUGUUUGUGAAAACCGUAAAGAGUGUGUGAGUUCGUUAUUUAAGCCUUCGUUCCUGCUACCAGGAUAUCUCGUCUAUGUUUUGUCUUGGACGACUAAUCAGUAAUAAGUGAAAGUUGUUUAUGUCAGGAAGGAAAAGACUUAGCAAUUGUCUAAGUGGCUAGUUGUCUGCAGUCCAUUCAGCAUGAUGUUGAGUGUUAAUUAUGAUAUUGCUCUGGCACAGUUUCAGUUUGUCACGCUCAUUUGAUUGCUCGUUUCUGUACUCUUCAAAUGUUGUACUCUGUACGCUCUAAACAAAGUGUAUGGGUUAUAGAACGAAUGCCAACAUUAACCAAGCGAUGGUUUCCAGAAGAAAAGGCUAAAAUGAAACAUCCUUACCAAACACAAUUUUACAAUCAGUUUGAUCGUGAAAAAUGUUUUGAUAUGAUUACACUUGGAAUUCGAUUUACCAUGGUAGCACCAUAGUGAACGUCCUUCCCCGCAGAGGCAAAUCAUAUGACACAUUCCCACACACAUACACAGGGUUUGACCGGAGCGUUGAUUUUUUCCACAUUGCGAGUGGAAUACACAUUUGAACAAAUUCACCCAGUAAUAGUAAAAAAUCAUAUUUUAGCGGUAAAUGUAAACAACAUGUGCUAAACAAACACUAAACGAUAUUCUUAUUAGUGAGGUAACAAGAAAACUUUAGGUUCGAAUCCCAUUACGCCUUAUUUGUAACGUAACUCCCAGCAAUGAAAAACAAAACCGUGGAAGCAGACGAACCAGAGUGCAUACAAACUAGGAUAAUAGAAAGUUAAUUUAAUAACUAAGCUACACAAAAAACACACACUCAGAAAACUAAGAGGAAUGGAAAGAGAGAGCAUAUACGUGCGGAAACAAAAAAGUACUUUAGAUGUUGCAUUAUAAUCAAAAUUGGACUAAGAGAUCUAUUUAUACAUGAGCAUCACACAGGGGAUGCUAACAGUUUGUAUCUGUGGAUUCAAAUACUUAGUUGUUGGGUGGGUACGAUUUAGUUCUGGUGUGCUUCUGCUCAUCACGCGCAAAAACGCGAAAGUGUGCUUUUGAAUGCUUUGUUUGUGUACAGUUAGUUUGAUCCAUCAACAAAUGAUGCAAAACAAUUGUAUAAUCCUUAAAGUGAAUAAAAUGUAAAUCAAUGAAAUAUGUAGUACCGAACCCCGAAACAAGGCAAACCGAUCACUGUUCUCUCUUCCUUUCUCUCUUUCUGGCUCUCCCGUUCGGCUAGACCAUUCUGCAUCUGGUAGUACGAUCAUGGACUGGGACUGGUGUAAAUAGAUAUGUUUUAAUACAACAAGGCCGUGCUAUUUUUUAGGGUUUGUUUCACUCCAAAUGCUAUCAGCACCACAACGGACAUAUUCAACUUUUGAACUUUUUUUGUUUCGGUGUCUGUUUUGUAAAUAAAUUUAAAACCACGUUACACUAGUGAUUCUAUCCUAGCCAUUCAUACGACCAAUAAGAUUUUUCUUUGCUAGAAAGGAAAAUGAAUUAUGAAAUCUUCCGUUCCUUGUAUACAUGUUGUAUGUACGUAGGUGCGUAGACUAUAAGGAAUCAACUUGUUAAUUUGUAGCGUAAAAGAUUAACGAAGGCAUGGGCGAACUAAUGGGCGGCGAAAGAAAACCCCAGGAAAAAAUAGGGGAAAACAAUUAGUACGUUUAGGUGUGAAAAAUCAUUUAACAACAAAUGCGAUGCGAAAAUGCGUUUUAGGAAAUACGAUAGCCAUCUCGGGAUAGAUUAGUUCAAUGCACGUUUUACCGAUACCCUGAAUCGCUCCACAACCCCGAC